CCCUUCUAAAAUCUUAAACUGCUUAAUUUCUUAUCCACAACAGCCACUUUUAGCCGCCACUGUAUCCCCCGCUGCUUCUCUUUUUGUCAUCCCCAGCUACGACGAGCGGUGACUCUGACCCACUCAACACCGUCGUGCACUCGUGCCUCACCGCUUCUCGCUCCUAAGCACUACUACAUCGCCGCCACUUCGUUUAGUCGAAACGGUAUUCAAGUAUUCAACACGUGCUGAAAUGACCCUGUCAUACCAGUCCUCCACAAUCGCCCCACCUUCCUCUCAAUUUCGCUACUCCUUACCUUCCUCCAGAAUUCCUCAUCAGCUUCACCACCGGAGACUCUCCAUUUUCUACCAUCGGGGUCGACUCACCGUCAGGGCAAUGGCCAGGCCGAAAGAGCUCAUAUUCGGGAAACCUGCAGUGACCGUGGAGGAAGGCAAGUACGGCUACCACGUCGAAACCCUCAUCGACAAGCUUUCGAGCCUUCCGCCGCGCGGAAGCAUUGCGCGGUGCCUCGAAACCUUCCGCAACAAGCUCUCUCCCACCGACUUCUCCAACGUCUUCAAGGAGUUCGCCUCCCGCGGCGACUGGCAGCGAUCUCUCCGCCUAUUCAAGUACAUGCAGCGCCAGAUGUGGUGCAAGCCCAACGAGCACGUAUAUUCCAUCAUGAUUGGCAUUCUCGGCCGCGAAGGCCUUCUCGACAAGGCAUUGGAGAUAUUCGAUCAAAUGCCAACUCACAGUGUGGCCCGGAAUGUCUUUUCCUACACCGCAAUUAUCAAUGCCUUUGGCAGGAACGGUAAGUAUGAAACCUCCCUUCGAUUGCUGGAUAAGAUGAAAAUGGAAAAAGUUGUUCCCAAUAUUCUGACAUAUAAUACUGUCAUUAAUGCGUGUGCUCGUGGAGGGUAUGAAUGGGAGGGAUUAUUGAGUCUGUUUGCUGAAAUGAGACACGAGGGGGUUCUACCAGACCUGGUCACAUACAAUACUCUUUUAAGUGCGUGUGCAAUUAGAGUAUUAGAUGAUGAGGCAGCACUGGUGUUCAGGACAAUGACUGAGGGUGGGAUUUUACCAGAUAUUACCACUUAUAGAUAUUUAGCUGACACAUUUGGAAAACUUGGGAAGUUAGGGAAGUUCUCAGAAUUGCUUAGGGAAAUGGAGUCUGGAGGGAACUUACCAGAGGUAACAUCCUAUAAUGUCUUGUUGGAGGCAUAUUCCCAAUCAGACUCACUGAAUGAGGCUAUGAAUGUUUUCAGGCAAAUGCAGGCAGCAGGGUGUGCUCCUAAUGCAGACACUUAUACCAUUUUGUUGAAUUUAUAUGGGAAGAAUGGGAGGUAUGAUCAGGCCAGGGAUCUCUUCCUUGAGAUGAAAAUUAGUAACACCGAGCCAGAUGCAGAUACGUAUAAUAUUCUCAUCCAGGUGUUUGGGGAAGGUGGAUACUUUAAAGAAGUAGUUACACUGUUCCAUGAUAUGAUAGAAGAGAAUGUGGAACCAAACAUGGAGACUUAUGAGGGGUUAGCACACGCGUGUGGAAAGGGAGGACUUCAUGAAGAUGCAAACAAGAUCCUUCUUAAUAUGUACCAAAAAGACUUCGUUCCAAGCUCUAAGGUGUAUACUGGUGUUAUUGAAGCAUAUGGGCAGGCUGCUUUGUACGAGGAGGCGAUUGUUGCUUUCAAUACAAUGAAUGAGGUUGGAAGCAUGCCUGACAUUGAAACUUUUACUUCUAUGAUCCAUGCAUUUGCUAAGGGGGGACUUUACAAAGAGGUUGAAGCAGUAUUAGUUACGAUGGAUGAAGUCGGAGUUCAGAGGAACAGUAAUUCAUUUAAUGGAAUGAUUGAAGGUUAUCGACAGGGAGGCCGGUUCGAAGAAGCUAUAAAGACUUACACUGAUAUGGAAAAGGAAGGGUGCAAUCCAGAUGAAGAUACCUUUGAGGUAGUUUUGAGCGUCUACUAUUUUGCUGGUCUGGUUGAUGAAUGUGGGCAACAAUUUCGGGAAAUAAAAUCAGUUGGCAUACAACCAAGCGUUAUCUGCUAUUGUAUGAUGCUUGCAGUCUAUGCAAAAAGUGAAAGAUGGGAUGAAGCCUUUGUAUUAUUGGAUGACAUGUUAACACAUAAGGUUUCAAACAUGCAUAAAGUAAUUGGACAAAUGAUCAAGGGAGAAUUUGAUGAUGAGUGUAAUUGGCAAAUGGUUGAAUAUGUGUUUGACAAACUCAAGUAUGAAGGGUGUGGUCUGGGCUUGAGAUUUUACAAUGCACUUCUAGAAGCACUUUGGUGGUUUUCCCAGAAGGAAAGAGCAGCAAGAGUUCUUAAGGAGGCAACGAAAAGGGGACUGUUUCCUGAGUUGUAUCGGAAAAACAAGCUUGUGUGGUCUGUAGAUGUACAUAGAAUGUGGCCUGGAGGUGCAUGUACUGCAAUAUCUGUCUGGCUUAACAAUAUCAAGGCGCUGUUGCUGAAAGGGGAGGACCUUCCUCAUGCUGCAUCUGUUGUGGUGGUACGAGGCCAGAUGGAGAGUAGCUCAAAUACUGAAGAUUUUCCGAUUGCAAAGGCUGUUAAUUCUUUUCUGAAGGAUCACGUCUCAUCAUUUUCUUUCCCUAGUUGGAACAAGGGCCGAAUAGUGUGUCCCAAAUCUCAUCUCGACCAAAUCUUUUCCAGUUCAGAAUCAUCAUCUUCAAAAGGCCACAUCCAAAUUUCUCUUAGUAAUACUCCCCUUCCUCUUCUGGCUACACAACCAUCUAGUACAAGGAGAUCAAAGCACAACACAGCUUCAGGUUCAGAACUUUUGGCAACCACAACUUGAACUGUUUUCUCAGAAAGCUGUUUGCAACCAUGAGAUUGGUGUUUUUGGCAUGCGAAGAAUGAGCUUCCAGUGAGCAAUCUGUCUGUAGUAGACUAGUACACUCACCAUGAAAUGAAGUUCCGCCUAUCUGGAGAGCUGUGGCCCAUACACCUGUGAAAGAUAUUACUUCGUGCAUAUUUCCCCAAAAAAAUUCUGCUGAAGCUUAGCCACAGUCUCGCCAAUUUCCUCCUGAGAAAUUAUCGGCCAACUCUGAUAGAUACUCGAUUGUGCAUAUCUCCAAUGUGAUCCCUCCAAAAUGUACGGAUAACGGUUUUUCUCACCCAAAAAAUCUCUGCAGAAAGAUACUACUUCAUGCAUAUCUCCCAAAAAAACUCUGCUGAAGCUUAGCCAUAGUCUCGCCGAUUUCCUCCUGAGAAAUUAUCGGCCAACUCCGAUAGAUAUUCAUUUGUGCAUAUCUCCAAUGUAAUCCCCAUAAAUUACUGCUGCUCGGAGGACACGAGAAGAAGCUCUCUCCCGUCGACAUUGAUUCUAAUUGGAAGAAGCACACUAUGAUGGGAAUGAAAACAUCCGAUGACUUCAUUACUCCCCCACAACCAUCAACACCAUCCUGAGAUCAUCUCGCAAACUCUAACUUCCAUGUAAACCUACCCUACCCGUGUGCGAUGAGUUCUUCGAGUGUUGAGUCCUGGUCAAUGGAUGCAACAAGGCGAAUUAAGAGGUGUGACUGUGGACUCCAAGCACCAGUGUGGACUGCUACAACAGACAAAAAUAGGGGGAAAAGAUUUUAUGGGUGUGGUCGUUUCUUGAGUGGUCAAAAGUGUAAUUUCUUUGAAUGGGUUGAGGAUGAACAAUGUGGCACUUGCCUGAGACGAAUAGAGACCUUGCUUCAGAAGAUUACCAGUGUUGAAGAGAGUUUCCGAAUGAAAGAAUUAGAGAUGCAAGCUGAAAUCAAGUGUUGUGUUCGUGGAAUUGGUCUUUUGAAACUCCAAAAUAUGGAAGAGGAACUCAAGAUGUCAAAGAAAGGCAAUGGGACUUUCUCCUAGAAUGUAGUGUGGUUCGGGUUGUUUGUUAUCGUCUUGUUGGGAAGUAGGAUAUAUUAGCAGAUGUUGUAAUGUUGUAAUGAAGUGUUUGUUCGGGUUGGUUGUAUUGUUGUAAUGAAUAUUAUGAAUUUGGUUUUCAAGCUUAUGGUCUUUUUGAAGCAUAACACCUGUAUUGAAAUGUAGACUUAAAUUUUGGUAUUUUGAUAUUGAAAUGUGAGUUGUUUGUGAA